UUGAACAGAUGAAGGAGUGACGAUUAGCAGGCGGCGCUGAGUUGGGCAUUAAUACUUGUCGUAGGAAAAUAAGUUCGUAAUGGCUGCAUUUUAUGUUUCGCUGAAUUGAACAGACCAGUUCCGUCAGUUUGGGAUAAACAUGAGCUCACAUAUCAUCACUCCCGGGCCUUACCGAGCUACAAAGCUGUGGAAUGAGGUGACUCGGAUAUUCCGGGCUGGUAUGCCCCUCAAGAAACACCGGCAGAGCUUAAGGAAUUACACCUCCUGCUUCACAGCGUCCGCUGCUGUGGAAUGGCUGCACGAGAUGCUCCAGAGCAACAGCAACUUUGGCCCUGAUGUCACCAGGCAACAGACAGUCCAGCUGCUCAAGAAGUUUCUGAAGAACCAUGUAAUAGAAGAUGUGAAGGGCCGCUGGGGAACAGAAAAUCUGGAGGACAACAACACUCUUUACAGAUUUCCAUCCACCUCUCCGCUGAAGCUCAUCCCUUGCCCAGCUGCACCCUCAGCUCCCAAAGCUGUUAAGAAAAGGCCUUCACUCAGAGACAAAGAAGGUUUCUUCAGGUUUAAGAGCGUCAAGAAAAACAAGGACACGGAGGAAACUGUCAACCCUGAUCAUCAGUCAGAGGAAGACAAAAAGGCAGAAGAGCAACAGACACGGAGACGAGCACUAACUGGAGAAGAUGAACGUAACAUCUGGAGAGACACCAUUAUGACCCACCUCCACAAGAUUCUUGGUGUUGCAUCUCUCGAGGGAGUGGUAGACCACCGGUCAAUAAACCCUGAAAAUAUCAUCCAUAAUAUGACUAAAGUCAACAAGCAUGGGGUGGUCACCCUGGAUGAUAAGACCAAUGACCUUCCUCAUUGGGUUUUGUCUGCCAUGAAGAGCCUGGCCAAUUGGCCAAAGUAUGACAGUGCGCAGCCGUCCUAUCCAGGUUUCGAAAGGGAUGUCUUCAAAACUGUGUCUGAUUACUUCUACAGCCUUCCACAGCCAUUACUCACAUACGAACUAUAUGAACUGUUUAUCAAUGUGCUGGUAUAUUGUGGGUAUGUUGCAGCACCCGCUGCCCACCAUCAUGGCAAACGAAAGAAACAUGACCUUCCAUCGGUGCCCCCUCCCGCCAAGACAUCAUUUCGCUCCACAGAGUGUCUCCUCCUGUCACUGCUCAGACAGGGAACUUGUGAUGAGACAGAGUCUCCCAUGAGGGAAGUUCUUGGUGGGAAAGUUCAGAGAGAAAACACUGUCAGUGCGGAUGGUGCUUAUUUCGGAAGCAGCUGCACGAGCCUUAAUACUGCUGGAUCCUUGAGGCGGCAAACCAGGAGCUGCUCACUGGAAACUAUUCUAGAUGACUCUACUUCUCUGGUUAGGCAACCAAUCUUUUUGUCCAAUGAUAGCCUGGCAUCUUGCUUCUCAAGCAACAGGAGCCAGGAUACGAAACGUUGGACACCCCCAGGUUAUUCAGAAUUGACUUCUGCCUCAACGACUAUUGCUCCAUCUGAAAGUGCUCCACAAACGUCCAAAAGACGUUCUAUUGCAGUACAGUCGGCAACGCAGAGGCUGCACACAUUGCGACCACGGAGUGUAGGCAGCUGUUUAGACAUAGUUGUAGAGACCAAUGAAGAAGACAUUAAAGAGAUCAGGUGGAAAAGCCGAGCUGCCAGCUGCCUGAACGUAAACACCUCCAGAGAAGAGCAUCACUCUAUUGUAACAGCACACCUUCCUUUAGGAUGCGACAAGCCUCACUCCACCUUUUCUUCAUCUCCUGCAACCAAAGCAUGUCCACCUGCCGCUAGUGCAGAACCUAGUAGGCCCAGACCAGCUUCCAGCACAUCCAGUCUUUGGACCCUGCCACCGCCUGCUACUUUCCGCCGUUGCCUCAGCUCCCUGGAUGUGUUCAAGCCGCCUCCACCCACAUCACUAUUCAAACCGUCUGUCUGUGUGCCCGCUGCCAGCACGCAGCUCCCUCUACCAAAAUCUGAGCACAGCCUUCUCCAGCCUCACAGUGAGCGUGUGGCCAUUGAGGCCCUGCAACUGUGCACCCUCCUCCUGCCUCCUGCAUCUCGCAGGAAGUUGCAGCUCCUGAUGAGAAUGAUGUCUCGCAUUAGCCAGAAUGUGGACAUGCCCCGCCUCCACCCUGCCAUUGGUACCCGAACCUUGAUGGUCCACACAUUUUCAGGUUGUGUUCUUGGCAGUGCCGAAGAGUGUGACUUGGAUGAGCUGUUAGCCACUCGGUUGGUUUCCUUUCUAAUGGAUCAUCAGCAAAGCAUCCUGUCGGUCCCAGAGUAUCUACUCAGUGCAAUCCACGACCAUGUGCAGUACCUGCGUACAGCACAGGUACCAAUAGACAAUGCUGCCGCUCUUGUUGAAAGUGGUGACCCAGCGUGCGCCCCAAUGCCCAUGUAUACGUUCUGCCGUCAGAUUAGUGGUGCAGAGUUUGAGCAGCAAAAAUUGGCAUCUUCCCAGAAGGCCAUGGAGGAGUUACUGGAGAUGCUGGUGACAGACCAAAAUAUCACUGAGAAGGACCGAUGCAAAAAGUUGAAGCAGUUUCAGAAGCAGUACCCUGACAUCUACAGUCAGCGGUUCCCCUCCACACAGAAGGCGAAUAAGACGGACAACAAGCCAAAGAUUAAAGCCCCGCUGCUCACAAUCAAGAAGACCAAAUCUUUCAAUAUCAGGAACUAAACUGACUGGCAGGUCUCGCUGUUGCUGAUAUCCAGCCUUGGGCUAAGAUUUCUGCACUAUACCUGCACUGACACUGGUACCUACAGAACUUUUGUUACAUGGGAAACUGUUAUCACUGUUUGGGUGUGUGUAUACACCAUUGGUACCUUUUUGGGAAUUAGUUUGAGAGUUUUUAGUUAAAUGUUAAAGUUAAAUGCCAGUAGCUCAAUGCCAAUUUACUGUACAUUAUCACACAAGUGAACCUAUACUCAAAAUGUUCAGUGCUUGCUUUACAGUACUUGCUUUGAGUUUAUGUACAAGUGGAAAAGCCAAAAGCAUUGAAGCAUUAUGUUUUCAGCUUGAAUCUAUCUAAAUGUCAUCUAUUGUAAUGAUUGGGUUUCCAACUUGGCAUCAAGCAUAAUUUAAUCUUUAAUGUUAAUUUAAAAACAAAGGAUAUACAAUAUAGACUCCUUUUGAAGAAGGCUUUUGUUAGAAACCUGUAUUUGUUUAGGGUUAGAGGUUAAAACAUUUAAUCCUAAAACUUUUUUUCAAGUGCUUUUAAGAAAUGUACUUUUAUUAUCUUGACUUGAAAUGUCAUAUUUAUUGAUCCCAGAUUUAUAUGAAGUAUUACUUUAUUUUUAGUUACAUCUGUUAACAUUGGGUCAUGCGGUAUGCACUGCAGCGUUUAUGAAGCCCAGUUGUACUUUUUAGUCCACAUUUACUAUGCAAAUUC